CUGAGUUUACAGGCUGACAGGGAUGCAAAGGGCUGGUGGUGCUGAUGUCAGAGCCAGAAGACAGUUGUGAUUGGACCUAAUUAGACUUUGCAGCAGCAAAUAGACAAGCUCCCUGCGUGAUUGGCUUCAAAGUGGCUGGUGCCAAACAACUAGCAGACGAGCCAAAGUAGGAGCCCUGCGUUCGCUGGGAGCCCGGUCCGGAGCGGCCGCCUGGAGGAGGAGGGCAGCGGGGAGGGGGCGCACCUCCCCGCCGAGUCCUGUGGAGGAGCUGCUGCUGGCCGGGGUCCCCCCCACCGCCGCCGCGAGCUGGCCGAGAACAGCUGGGGAGCGGGAGCGGGAGCCCGAGGCUCGUCCUGAAAAGUGAGCCCGCUCCCGGCCCGCAGGCAUCCGGCAGCGCUGGGCCAGCAGCAAAGGUGAGCUGCUGGGGACCGGGUCCCUCCCGGCUCUGGCGGCUGUGUCUCGGGCCAUGGCCUCCGUCCUGGGCACCAGCAGAGGGGCCGGAGGAGGGCUGAGCGGCCAACUCAAAUGCAAGUCCCAGAGGAGACGGCGGCGGUCCAAGAGGAAAGACAAAGUAACCAUGUUGUCAGCCUUCAUCGCUCCCUUCAAGCACUUAAGCCCUGGGGCCACCAACACGGAGGAUGAAGACAAUCUAAGUACCAGCAGCGCGGACGUGAAGGAAAACCGCGUGAGCAACUGGGAGGCGAGGCCCCUGGCCGCCAGCGACAGGGCCAGAGGCGGCACGCCCGGCGUGAAGCGGAAGAGGCCUCUGGAGGAGGGCAACGGCGGCCACCUGUGCCCCCUGCAGCUCGUCUGGAGGAAGCUCUCGUGGUCCGUGGCGCCCAAGAACGCGCUGGUGCAGUUGCACGACCUACGCCCGGGCCUGCAGUACCGCAUGGUGUCCCAGACCGGCCCCGUGCACGCGCCCAUCUUCGCCGUGGCCGUGGAGGUCAACGGGCUCACCUUCGAGGGCACGGGGCCCACCAAGAAGAAAGCCAAGAUGCGGGCGGCCGAGCUGGCGCUGAGGUCCUUCGUGCAGUUCCCCAACGCCUGCCAGGCCCAGCUGGCCAUGGGCGGUGGCGCCGGGCCAUCCACGGACUUCACCUCCGACCAGGCCGACUUCCCCGACACGCUGUUCAAGGAGUUCGCGCCCGCCGCCCCCAGCGAGGCCUUCCCUGGCCGCCGGCCCGCCGACCCCGGGCUGCUGGCCACGGCCUGCCCGCGGGGCCGGCUCCUCUGCCACCCGCUGGAUCUGGUGGGCCCUGCGGCCCCGGGCGACAGGAACCCCGUGGUCGUGCUGAGCAAGCUGCGCUCCGGCCUGCGCUACGUGUGCCUCGCGGAGCCGGCCGAGAAGCAGCGGGCCAAGAGCUUCGUCAUGGCCGUGUGUGUGGACGGCAGGACGUUCGAGGGCUCAGGACGCAGCAAGAAGCUGGCCAAGGGCCAGGCGGCGCGGGCCGCCCUCCAGGCCCUCUUCGACAUCCGGCUGCCGGGCCACGUCCCCAGCAGGAGUAGAGGUCAGCUCCUGCCCCAGGAAUUCGCAGACUCCGUGUCCCAGCUGGUCACACAGAAGUUCCGCGAGCUGACCGUGGGCCUGGCGUCCGCGCACGCCCGCCACAAAGCACUGGCAGGAAUCGUCAUGACCACAGGCUUGGACGUCAGGCAGGCACAGGUCAUCGUCCUGUCCUCAGGCACCAAGUGCAUCAGCGGCGAGCACAUCAAUGACCAGGGACUGGUGGUCAAUGACUGCCACGCAGAGAUCGUGGCCCGGAGGGCGCUGGUCCACUUCCUGUACGCACAGCUGGAGCUACACCUCAGCAAGCGGCGGGAGGACUCAGAGCACUCGAUAUUCGAACGGUCCAAGGACGGCGGCUACCGGCUGCGGGACAACGUGCUGUUCCAUCUCUACGUGAGCACGUCCCCCUGCGGAGAUGCCAGGCUGCACUCACCCUAUGAGAUCACAGCCGACCUCAACAGCAGUAAGCACAUCGUCAGGAAGCUCCGUGGACAUCUACGCACCAAGAUCGAGUCUGGGGAAGGGACCGUCCCCGUCCGGGGCCCCAGCACCAUACAGACAUGGGAUGGCGUCCUGCUGGGUGAGCAACUGGUCACCAUGUCCUGCACAGACAAGAUCGCCAGGUGGAAUGUGCUGGGACUGCAGGGUGCGCUGCUCUGCCACUUCAUCGAGCCCGUGUACCUGCACAGCAUCAUCGUGGGGAGUCUGCACCACACCGGCCAUCUCUCCCGGGUGAUGAGCCACCGGACCGAGGACAUCGGCCAGCUGCCGACCUCCUACCGGCACAACCGGCCCCUCCUCAGCGGUGUGAGCCAUGCCGAGGCGCGCCAGCCUGGAAAGUCCCCACACUUCAGCGUGAACUGGGUGGUGGGCAACACCGACGUGGAGGUUAUCGAUGGCAUCACCGGCAGGCGGAGCUGCGGGGGCUCCUCGAGGCUCUGCAAGCACGUGUUCUCCGCGCGGUGGGCGCGGCUUUAUGGAAAGCUGAGCACACGGAUUCCGAGCCACGGAGACACGCCGUCUGUGUACUGUGAGGCCAAGCGGGGGGCCUGCACCUACCAGUCUGUUAAGCAGCAGCUGUUCAAGGCAUUUCAGAAGGCCGGGCUGGGCACAUGGGUGAGGAAGCCGCCUGAGCAGGACCAGUUCCUACUAACCCUCUGAGCCACCAGACCUGCGGUUCCCGGAGAGGAGUGGGCGCCCGGGCAGGGCGGGGUGAGUGCGCGUGCGUGGGGAGGCAGGCGGUGCUCACCGGCUCUUCCUGCUCAUUUCCCCUUGGUGUUCCAGAAGCACAUGUGUGGCCAACGUUCGACGGGCAGCUAGACUCAAACCGGGAGCGUACUGCUCCCACGUUGUCAGAAGCCGGGCGGCCCCCCGACCUGGAGGCGCAGGUGCAGCCAACUCUUCCUGGUGUGUCAAAGGGAAAGCUUCCGUUCAGGCUAAAGGGUCUGAGGUGCAGCCUUGAACAGCGGAGCCGAGGGCUGCGGCUGGAAACGAGCCUCGGGCACCGUUCCCUGGGUCUUCCUCCCCGCCACGAGCCUCGAGCAAUGCGUCUGGUUCUCUCUAGCACAAGCUGACAUGAUACUUCAGGAUAAGCCACAAUGAAGAGAAAAGCCAUGGGCUCCUCUCCAAAGAAGCCAACAGAAAGCUUACCAUCCUCAUUACUCACUUAAGUUUUAACUCCACCUCCUUUCACAGCAGAUUCAGGAUGCGCAAUAUUGAAGAACCCCUAAGCCAGGACCAGAGAAAUGAAGUCCAUUCUUGCAGAGCGAAGGAACAGGGCCCACAGCACCCGUGAGCAGAGAUGUAGGACGUGGGCAGACUGAACUUCCAGAACUGUGCGCCACAGCCACCCCUGUACCUGGACCAGUCCCCACCGGUCUUCACUGGUCCCCACCAGUCCCCACCAGUCCUCAACAGUCCCCACCAGUUCCCACCGGACCCCACCGGUCCCCACCAGCCCC